AUGACAACUUACAGUUCUCAGCAACAGAUUCUCAAUCAUGCGGUUGGUAUUUGGCCAAUGCAACUUCCGCGGUACGCUGAAGUGAUGAUGCUGAAGAAAACUGAUGUCCCUAGGCCCUUAAAAUAUGGGAAUUGGGAGGAAUUUGUCCACCUGUUAGGUGGUACAUACUACUAUCAUAAGGACAAGGGAACAUAUACUUCGGUAAACCUAAGGCAGUACCAGGAUCUCCAGAAGAUCGAUGACUUUGUCGAUGCAUUACGAGUUGUGACACAAGAAGAUGUGUGGAUACUGGUUGUUCAUCCAACAAUGUUCAGAGGAGAAGAAAAGUUCCAAUAUUACUAUGUGGUUCUGGACCAGCAUAUCAUUGCCUGGAUAGAGGAACUAAACGGUUACCUUCUUUUCCGCGACUGUGUCCAGCCAAGCCAAUGGGAACAUAAGAGACUUGAACUUGAGGCUCAGUAUUGGGAUGGCAAGAAUCGCUUAGCAGGCACAGAAGCAAUUACGUUGAGUCAAUCCACAGCCGGUUCGAUAUUCUGGACCCUGGAGCAAAUGGAGCAAAUCAUUGAACAUCUAGCCAGUAUCGAAACAGAAGACCUUGCAGACAACAGGCUCAUACAUGAAACCGGUAUCGUGUUCUGUUGGCACCAUCAGUAUCUUAACUGCCACAACCAACCAGAAGCUCGACUGAUUCGGAACCAUGCAGUGAAAGAGAAGCGUAGAAACUGUAAACUUCUUUGUUUCAUGAGCAAUACUGCAGCUACAGUCUUCUGCAUGCCGGUCACGAUCAAAAGUGUCAAGAGGACUUCCGUUGAUGGUAUCGUGAAUGGAGUGGAGGUCAAAAACUUUGUCGACAAUCUUAGCAAUCAGACGAAAAGUCAAAUUACCUUGGCUGGUGUCUCCAUGGCCUUGGACAUUGCCAUCCUUGCUGUUCCAGGUUUAGGCACAACAGUAUAUUACCUGCAAAAGAGGAUGGCGAUGCUUGUCGUCAUUACAAGCAUACUGACUUCUUUUUGUGUAUUGAGUAUGACAAGCUCCAUCCUCGGAUUCUUCGCAGGUUCUUUAAUUAUAUUGGUGAUUGCUAGUUACAGUCCUGGCCUGGCCAGGAUACGGCCGCAGUAA